UACGUGUGGCGAUAGUAUUCCUGACGACGCGGUCGGGGAAACGCGCGCGAUGCGGGGACAAAUGUUUCUCUCUGUUCUGUGUCUAGUGCUCUUUUCUCAUGUAAACUGUGCGCGGAUACUCGGCCUUUUCCCUCAUCCUGGGAAAAGCCAUCAAAUGGUCUUUGAACCACUUUUAAGGACGCUAGCAGAACGAGGGCACCAUGUAACUACAGUUUCGUUCUUCCCACUCAAAAAUCCACCUGAAAACUACACCGACAUAAGUCUGGAAAACACAUCAGAAGUGCUUUUAGAAUCAUUGGAUCUAGCAUUAUUUGAGAACAACGGUGUCAUCUCGAAGAUACCAGUAUUGAGACGGAUUUUGGGGUUAAUGUUCGAAUUUCAACCUUUGGCACAUUUCGCUUUACAAGUAUGCGAAAAUAUGAUAAAAUGGGAACCGCUGGCUAAUGCUUUAAAGAAGGAAUACGAUGUUGUUUUAAUGGAAAAUUUUAACUCUGAUUGCAUGCUUGGAUUGUUACAUAUUUACGGAAAUACAGCACCGAAAGUAGCUUUGUCCUCGUCUAAUCUUAUGCCGUGGUCUGCGGAAAGAAUAGGACUGAUAGACAAUCCCUCUUACGUCCCGAUGGUUUCCACUGGCUUUACUUCUAGAAUGUCCUACGCUGAACGUCUUGAGAAUACCUUUUUAAGUGUGUUUUAUAAAUUCUGGUUUUAUAAUAAUGUGCAAGUGAAAGAACGAUCUCUUAUAGAGAAACGUUUUCGUAAAGUUAUACCGGAUUUAAGGGAUCUGUCGAGAAAUUAUACUUUGACUUUUGUGAAUACUUUUCAUGCGUUGAACGGGGUACGGCCACUUCUACCGGCGUUGGUUGAAGUCGGUGGAAUGCAUCUGGAUCAUACGGAAAAAACUUUACCACCUUAUAUCGAGAAGUUCCUGAACGAAUCAGAACACGGGGUGAUCUUGUUGAGCUUCGGGUCCUUGAUCAAGACGUCAACCAUUCCCAAGUAUAAGGAGGAUAUCAUAGUAAACGCGCUGUCCAAGUUGAAGCAGCGGGUCAUCUGGAAGUUCGAGGGGAGCGGGGAGGAGGGAACACUCACCGGCAAUAUCCUCAGAGUCAAAUGGCUUCCUCAGUAUGAACUGCUACAACACAAAAAAGUAGUAGCAUUUAUCGCUCAUGGCGGUUUGCUGGGUAUGACGGAGGCGAUCUCUGCCGGCAAGCCGAUGGUGGUGGUGCCGUUCUUCGGAGAUCAGCCUGCCAACGCCGCGGCAGCCGCUGACGCCGGCUUUGCUACCGUCGUGCCUUAUAUUGAACUCACCGAAGAAAGACUUACCAAAGCAUUGGAGACUGUGUUAAGCGCAGAAACCAGAUUAAAUGCCCGUCGCGUAUCGAGCAUUUGGCGCGACAGACAAGCAGACCCUCUAGAGACAGCGGUGUAUUGGACUGAGAGAGUGAUACGCUGGGGCCAUCAUGCGCCACUGCACUCGCCGGCAAGAGACAUGCCUUUGUAUCAAAUCGCCUUACUAGACGUUAUCGCCACAUUAGCUGUCGCCAUCUUGAUCUUAUUGGCGAUAUCAUGGUACAUUUUGUCCAAAGUAUUUCGAUUUUUAUUUGGUAAAGAAAGUAAAUUAAAAAUGCAUUAGUUUGGUAAUGAAAUAAUAGUGAGAGUUGCUUUAAUUAUUUUGUUAUUGUUCA